AUGGAAGGGUCAAAUAGUUUAGUAAUUGUGCACAUAGGAGCUGGAAGUCACUCUUUACAGAAAAAUGACAAAUACAAGCAAUUGAUUAGAAAGGCUUUGCAAGUUAAUGAUUCGAAAACGGUGUUGGCAGAAGUCAGUAAGAAAUUAGAAAGAUCAGUUUUGACUAAUACUGGAUAUGGGUCGUCGCUAAAUUUGAUUGGGGAAGUUCAAUGUGAUGCUAGCUUUAUAUCUUACAACAGGGAAGAUAAAUAUACUAGUAUGGGAGUUAUGUAUAACAUAGUCAAUAAAUACCCGAUAACAGAAACCUUGAAAUGCUUCAAGCAAUUGAAUACGUUAUAUUCUACAGGAUUUAAAUCUUUUGGUCUUGCUAGACCCUUGAUAUUUGAUCAUUGUCAGAAGAAGCUAUUGGAUGAACUUACCAAUAACAAUGAGGAUGUGGACAAGGAGACGUUGGUAUCAACUAAGUCGCAGAGGAUCUACGAUACAUAUAAGCACACAUUGAUGAGUGACUAUAAUCAGACAUCAAACGAGCUAAAUCGCAUAAGAAAUGAAAUACAGGACACGAUAGGCAUCAUACAUAUAGGAAAUACAAACACAGAAAUCGCAACUUCAUCAGGAGGUAACUUCUUUAAAUUUCCAGGUAGAAUAGGGUGUGCAGGUGUUCUUGGAGCCGCUAUAGGACAUCAUACAAAGAAUGGGAUAUCAGUAAGUUGCAUGUGUAGUGGAAACGGAGAGGAUAUAAUAAUGAUGGAUGCCGCAGACCGAAUAGUAAAUAAUAUGAUUAAUGACUUCAGUGAAGAUUAUUGUGAACUAUUGGUCAAUAUCAUUUUGCAAGCCAGCACGGACUUACCCUUGACGGCCGUGGAUGACUACAAUAAUAAAAUGAUAUACAUCGGAGCUAUUUGUAUAAUACAUGACCUAAAUAGCGGUGUUAAACGCUUGGUUUACUGUCAUAGCACUGAAUCGUUCUAUUUUGGAUUCAGGUCACAUAAUAACAAGCCGGAAGUAAUUCUAAGUAGAUUAGAUAGUGACAAAGUAGGCCAUGUGUUUGUCAGGGGUGAGUUUAAAAUCUAA